ACUCUGUGUGGUUUGGAUCAAGAGGCGGCGUUCGGUCCGGAUAAGAAGAGAACAUGGAAACCGCCGAUUAUCGCUGGCGAAAACAAAAUUGUACCUACGAAUGAUCCCAACUAUCAGACUUUGGGAGGAUUGAAUAACGAUCUCAUGUUCGGACCGGACAAGAAGAAGGGCCUUCCGCCGAUCAGACCAGGAGAGCAAAAAAUCGUCGGCACUUUCGAUCCGAAUUAUCAGACUUUGGCUGGUCUCAAUAACGACGAUGUGUUCGUUGAGAAGAAGAAACCAGCACCGAAUUUC